GCUUAAAAAAAAAUUCAAAAAAUUCGACGAGUAGCGUCUGUCAUUCAAGUAGAAAAUUAUGGCACCACAUUUCUGCUAGCAUCACACUAUACUGCCAUUAAACAAUGACUAAAAACACAUGCACACAAAAAUUGAGCUGCUCAGUGUUACUUUGCACUUGUAAUGUUGUACUCUAUUUGCAAACAGGGACAAUUAUGGCAAAUAACUCUGUUGGAUGAAAUGUUUUUAUUUCUUUCUUCUGCAGGAUGACAAUAACAUCUGUGACCUCGGGCGGCGUUGCUGAAUUUGUUGAACAAUACCAGAAUCUUCCUCAGUAUACAGUAUAAACUAAUAGAGAGAAAAACUGAAUGUGCUUUUACUCCCUGAAAAAUCGUUUUCCCGCACCAAGGACAACGACACACCACCCACAGUGAACACAAAGACUAAGUUCAAGCGGUUUGACUUCAGGACACAAGUAUGAACAUCAGAACUUCACAGGACCAAUAUUAAAAGGUCAACAGAGAGUGGCGCUAAUAAAAGUGUCGCUAACAGUUUCAAUACAAAUGCCUUUUAAUCUCAACUAACCUGACCGUCGUCUGCUGUGUUCACGGUACUCAUGCAGUACAAUGCCCUUUCUGCAGGAAGUUGCCAUAAAAGGAUUCAAAAUGGACGGCAAUGAUCUAGCAGUUCCAGCAUUCAAACUGACGGCCAUGUGCUCCAGAGAACAGAUUCAUCUGAGGACGGCCUCAUGUACUGUGUCAACUCCACUGCGCUGAAGUUGUGUGUUUGGCAGAUCCUCAAGUUUGCUCAGCUGACAGAUGAGGGUCCAGAAGGUGGCUAACAGGAUGAGGCCGGGUGGCCACGUGCCCCCUCAGGGAUUACAAGCAGUGAGAAAAAGUCCAUGCAGUUGUCGCUGUUGUCUGCGGGGAUUCAACAGGAGCUCUGCUGCUGCUGAGAGAGAAUGUAGAACCUUGGACAUCCUGCUUUGGUGCAAUCUCUUAAUGCACUCCAGGAAAGAAGAUUUUAUUUUUUCAGCUUCCAAAUGACAACUUGAGGCUUUUGAACCACAUGAGUCGGCCAAUCAUGCUUUUAAAGUCGGGACUGUUCUUCACUUUGUGUCUGUUCACCUUUCACGCAAGUCAAAGUGAAGACCUUCAGGACCACGGUUUUCCAGGACUCAGGGAUGUGAAGUACAGACACUUUCUGGGUUCAAAUAGACCCAGCAUCCACCAUAGAGUAUGGCAUGGCAGACACCGGGUGAAGAGGUCAGAACUGUUCACUACAGGGGUCAAAGUCUGUCCCCAGGAGACGAUGAAAACAGUCAUCAGCAGUCAUCGAGUCUACUACAAACUCAGAGUGUGUCAGGAAGCCAUCUGGGAAGCAUUUCGGAUUUUCUUGGACAGGGUCCCAAACUCGGAAGAGUACAGAGCGUGGGUUUACACCUGCCAGACAGAGAACCUUUGCAUGGACGACCUGGCUCAGAACUUCAGCAGUUCUCAGGAGCAUCUGGACAUGGUGGCCAGAAGAGUAGCUGAGCAGGGUGGAAGUGAAGGAGAUGUCACUGGAAUACCAGAGCGAGGACGAGAAUGUACCUGGACACCCGCGCCAAUCCUUUUACCAACCGAGGCAUAUGAAAGCACACAGCACCCCAACGUGAUCAGUGAGAAUUAUCAGAAGUAUGUCGUUGAAUUUAGCAUCACAGUAGUGGAUCCUACAUACAGUGAGCUCCUGAGGGAUCCUGAGGAUCCACAGUACAGUGAUGUCACACAAAAGUUGACAGACAAGAUGGUUCAAGCAUUUGAAAAAGUACCAGGAUUUAAAGAGAUUCAUGUCGUGGGAUUUAGCCCAGAGGACGUGUCUCUGCGAUAUGCUGUGGUCUUUAAUGGAGAAACGGAGCUCAGUGAUGAUCCUCAGGGUCUGGAGGAGCCAGAGGCACAGACAGGCCAGGAUGUUAAUGCUCCGAAACUGAAGAAAAUCAUAGUUAAGGCCCUGAAACAGGAGCCAUCACUGCAGCUGGACAUGCAGACACUGAGCUUUGAGACUGUAACCACAGUUCAUCCAGCAAUGGAGAUUGGUGAAAACUCUUUGGAGAGUGUUCUUUAUGAGGAUGAUGCAACAGAAGCCCUAACUGAGGACAGCUCCCCCAUCUACAAUUUCCUUCCCACAGUGGCAGUGAUUGAUAACUUUCUGGAAGCUUCCGUACUCCUUCCAGAGACACACACAUUUGUGCCUUUCUUUCCAAACAUCCUCCAUGACGCCACGACUGCUGUUACCCCUUUGAUGGCAGCAGAAGAGGUGGAGUUGAUAGAAGAAUCACAAGUGGAGAACGCACCUCCACCAGAGGGAGUCGAGGAGGGUGAAGACGGUCGAGAAGAAGAGGAAGCAGAGGGUGAUAAGUCCAGUGAGGAAAAUUCUGAGGAGCACAGCGAGGAUGCUCCCAGGACAGACCCCGGAGAAACCAACAAAGCGGAGGAAGUUGGCCUUGUGGUACCACCGCCUGCAGAUCCUCCUGCAACAGAGACAUCCAUUCCUGAAACUACGGUCCCUGGCUCCUUGCCGUCAUCUGAUGGGGAUUUAGUCCAAAGGAAUGAUCCAGAAACAGAUGUGGAGCCUGCGGCCUCUCCUGCACAGGGCGAUCCUGUCCCUGUGGACCAAGCCCCGAACAAUGGAGGGCACAGUGGAACAACCCCAGACCCAAAGGACCUGCCUGCUGAGAACAUUCAAGAGGAUGUCGCAAUGAGUCAUGACAGAACAGAAGCAGAGGUGACUGAAGCCCUGGAGGAAUCUAGUAGCAGUGGAUUCCCCUUAGAGUUCGAUGAACGUCCGUACGAGUCCACGGCUGCUCCCUCCAUGAGACGGGCCAACACUCCUCUGACGACUGCUGUGGACAGGAGCAAAGAGAUGGUGGUGUUUUUCAGCUUGAGGGUCACUAACAUGAUGUUUUCUGAUGACCUGUUCAACAAGAGUUCACCGGAAUAUAAAUCCCUGGAGAAUACCUUCCUUGAACUGCUUCUACCUUAUCUCGAGUCCAAUUUGACGGGAUUUAAACAGCUGGAGAUUCUUAACUUCAGGAAUGGCAGCGUUGUGGUAAACAGCAGGAUGAAGCUGGACAAGCCGGUACCUUACAACGUGACCCAGGCCGUGCACUGUGUCCUGGAAGACUUCUGCAGCGCAGCGUCUAAACGGCUCGACAUUGAAAUAGACAGCCGCUCCUUGGAAGUGGAACCAGCUGACCACGGAGACCCCUGUAAGUUCCUGGCCUGCAACGAGUUUUCCCGCUGUGUGGUCAACACCUGGACAGACGAGGCGGAGUGCCUGUGUGACCCCGGCUACAGGACGGUGGACGGCCUGCCGUGCCAGAGCACGUGCGCGUUGCAGCCCGACUACUGUCUGAAUGGAGGCCUGUGUGAAAUAAUCCCCGGGCACGGAGCCACCUGCAGAUGUCCUGUGGGUAAAUACUGGCACUACCACGGCCCCCGCUGCUCCGAGGUGGUGUCGCUGCCACUCGACCCCUCGCUCAUCGUGACCUGCCUGGUUGGAAGCCUCUGUUUCGUUUGUGCCGUCAUCGGCACUUUGGUUUUCAUAAACAGGAAAUGUAUAAAGAACAAGAAGGCGGUGACUUUGGUGCACACUCUUGCUCCUUAUGCCUUUGAGAACACGUUGAGGGAGAACCCGGUGUUUGAGAACGACGACGGUGUCUUAACUCAGGUGUCCACACGUUCAGCUUCUUCUCAGUCCCAACGGUCUGAGCAAGAACAUUUGGCCUCCUUUGAGAAUAUUCACCUGAGUAUUGAGAUCCCCCGACAUCUCUACACAACAAGGUCGGAAAAAUUAGUCUCAGAAAUGGUGGACUUCCAUCAGUGCAUACCACACCAGACGUGGCAACUGCCAAACGAAUACAGGACCUGCUGUGUUUUCAGGACAGCAGAAAAUGAAGGAUUUGAGGUAUGACUUGUCCCACACCUCGGGUCAAACUUGACCAGUGGAGGAGUUUCUGAUGGAAUUGAACUACAUUGUUUGUUUCAAAGACUUU